AUACGCGAUCGAUGUUGACUUUUUUUUCCAAAAAAUUCUUCCAUAAUUCGUGCAGUAUUGUAAAUAGUAAAGUAUUGUAGUUUUACAGGGAUACGUUACAUAAUAUUAGCAUAAUGGCUGAGGAACAGGUAAAUACUCCAGCCGUGACUGAAGACGAUGAUUUUGUAGACCCAUGGACCGUCACUGGGAAGGACCAGACUGGAAUCGACUAUGACAAGUUAAUCAAAAGGUUUGGCAGUCAAAAGAUUGAUGAGGAAGUUAUACAGAGAUUUGAAAAGGUCACAGGGAAAAAAGCGCACCGCUUCCUAAGACGUGGAAUAUUCUUCUCACAUCGAGACAUUCACAAUAUCCUCAAUUUGUAUGAAGCGGGCAAGAAAUUCUACUUGUACACAGGGCGAGGGCCUUCUUCAGAAAGUAUGCAUAUCGGACACAUGAUACCUUUCAUGUUUACCAAAUGGCUGCAAGAAGUAUUCAACGUCCCACUGAUCAUCCAGCUGACUGACGAUGAGAAGGUCCUGUGGAGGGAUCUGAAGAUUGAGGAUGCUCGGAAGAUGGCGUUCAACAACGCUAAAGACAUCAUUGCUGUAGGGUUCGAUCCAGAGAACACUUUUAUAUUCAAUGAUCUGGAUUUUAUUGGUCAAUGCCCAGCGUUCUACCAGAACAUGGUGAGGAUACAGAAGUGCGUCACCUACAACCAGGUGAAGGGUAUCUUCGGCUUCGGAGACUCCGACGUCAUCGGCAAGAUCACGUUCCCUUCCAUAGAGGCUGCGCCAGCGUUCUCGACUAGCUUUCCUUUCAUUUUUGAGAAUAAAGUUGUACCUUGCCUAGUACCCUGCGCCAUCGACCAGGACCCUUACUUCCGUAUGACCCGGGACGUGGCAGCUCGCCUCAAGAUGCCGAAGCCAGCUCUUAUACACUCCACUUUCUUACCGGCCUUACAAGGCGCUCAACAUAAAAUGUCUGCCAGUGACCCCAACGCGUCCAUAUUCUUGAGUGAUACGCCUAAGCAGAUUAAAACUAAGAUCAAUAAAUAUGCGUUCUCAGGCGGUCAGGCGACGGUAGAAGAGCAUAGAGAAAAGGGGGGUAACACUGAUGUCGACAUAUCAUUCAAGUAUCUUACAUUCUUCUUGGAAGACGAUGAGAGGCUAGCACAGGUAAAGAAAGACUACGAAUCAGGUCAGAUGUUAACAGGAGAACUUAAAAAGGAAGCGAUAGACACCAUCACGCCCUGGAUACAAGAGUACCAGCAGCGACGCGCUAAAGUCACCGACGAAGUAGUGCAAUCGUUCUUCAAAGUACGGCCGAUCAAGUUCUAGAACGUUUAUGAAGUCCUAGUAUUAUUUUUUUGAAUGUGAAACUUUACUUGAUGCGCGGUAAGACAACUUUUGGCAAGCUUACGCUCCUCUCUAAAGGUGCUUUUCCAACACAGGCAACCGUCGCGUGCGGCUGACGGCACGCGAUUCAUGACAGAUCUAAUAGAAACGUAUGGGCCGAUGUCUAAUUUCUUCCGAACGAGCCUUUCUCAAAGGGGUUGAAAACGGUCUCAUAAAUUUCCAUACUUUGACUAUUCACACAUUGGUCGCUUGCGUUUGUCGGGAGCCGCUGGCAAUCGGCCGCACGCGACAGUCGCCUGUGUCGGAAGGGAAGCAUAAUGUCGUAAGUGUGUAUGCCUGUCUGUUUCACAUCUCGUCGUCCAGUGACGGUCUUUUUUUUAACUUAUGUAUUUACCUAAGACUGACUUAGUCAGUGUGCCUUCAAGGUACUAGUGUAAGAUUUUAUGCAUUAUUUUGUAUGGACCACGUAAAUAUGGUUUUUCAGUUGUAACAUCAGAAUAAUCCAUAAAAUUACUUUUUUCUUUAAAUAAGCGAAAUGAUGCAAGAAAUCUAAGUUUUAAAUACAAAUAAAUAUUGAAACCCUACAUGAACAUUUUAUUAUUUUGAAAUUGUAUCAAAAGCCUUUUUAUACGAAGUACCUAUGUAAAUUACAUAAAGUUUAGUUCAUAAGUCAUGCUGUGCUGUCAAAAGCAUUAUUUUUAAUGGUAAUAAAAUGUUUGUUAACUAAACAAUGCGGGUUUUUCACAUAUUUUUAUCGAUAGUUUUUCAACAUCACGCUUAUCGAAAGUAUAUUUUGCUAAAUAAAAGAUGAUACUAUCCUAAAAUCGUCAAUGCAUUAAAAUACUAGACUUUUAGCUCGAAUAUUGCAACGUCACAUAAAUGUACUUAAUAUACAUAUUUCAAUCCCUUUCAUAACUCAUUGAAAAGACAAAGAUAGCAUGAGAUUUCGCUUCAAAUUGUGACGUUUCAGUAUUCGAGUUUAUACGGCUGUGCAAUGAGCAUAAAAUAAUUUAUAAUAAUUAUUUAUUUAAAUAAAUACCAUCGUACAAUUUA